AUGGGAAAUGAGCUGCGGAAGGAAGAGCGCUUCCAAGAAGAAGGGUUGGGUGAUGAGUUAGACGGUGAGGAGAUAUUGGAAGAAUUGACAGAUUAUGAUUAUGAUGAUGCAUAUGGAUUGGAUUCAAUUGAUGAUUUAUUGAAACUUGACUUUUUAAGCAUUGACGAGGUUGAAGUUGACAAGUUUCACUUUGGAACCCUACCCAUUGCUUUUGAAUUUUACAACAGAUUUGUAAAAGAGUCAAGAAAAAAGGAACCAAAGACUGAGACAAGAACUGAGUGUGGAGCACAAUUCCAAGUCAAGUUUGUAGGGGUAACUGGAAGAUGGCAUGUGACCCGAUUUUCAAAUGUUCAUAAUCACGAACUAUUGGAAGGACGGUUGAGCAGGUUAUUGCCAGGUCAUCGGAGUAUGUCCAAAGCCGAAAUUGCACUCAUAAACAAUAUGCGCAAGUCGAAAAUUAGCACAUCCCAGGUUUAUGCUUUGCUAGCAAGUCAAAGUGGUGGUUUUGACAAGUUGAACUAUGGUGUUAGAGACAUGUCCAAUCAAAUAGCUAAGGUGAGGCGUGAGAUUCCAGAGAAUGUAGGUAGAGCAUUAAAUUUUUGGAGGAGAUGGCUGCAAAGGAUAAAUCUUUAUACUAUCAAGAGUUUCGGGGGAUGGAUAGAAGGUGUCAACCAUCACAACCAAACUGUUGUCUUUGCUGCAUGCAUUGUAAUAGAUGAGACUGAUGAGACUUAUAUAUGGGUGUUACAACAGUUUUUGGAGACAAUGAAUGGUAGAGCCCCAUCUUCUGUAUUCCCUGGUGCUCACCACAGAUUGUGUGCUUGGCAUCUCCUGCGUAAUGCAACGACAAAUAUGUGUAGUCUUCGUUUUACAUCUAAGUUUAAGGAUUGUAUGUUAGGAGAUUACGAAAUUCCAUUAUUCCGUAGCAAGUGGCAAACAUUGGUAGAAGAAUUUGGGGUUGAGAAAAAGGAAUGGCUAAAUGAAAUUUACGAGAAAUGUCGAUCAUGGACAACAUGUUACAUCUGA